GACGGGACGCUUCGCUAUAGAGUACAACUGGUGUCUCGAGCAACCGAUCUGAAGACUUUGUUGGCAAGCAGGAACACGAACGGUUUUAUCCCACAGCCUUUGGAAGCACCCCACUCUUAGCAUGGGUAUGCUAUCGCUACACAGCCUCUUGUGCCAGUUGGUCUUGGCCCUGCUGGUCUUGGCACUGGUCUGCCAGGCCCAGGCGUCGACGCCCACCACCGCUGCCCCCAAGAUCCAGCUGCGUCUGGCGGGCGAUAAGCGCAAGCACUACGAGGGACGCGUGGAGCUCUUCUACGGCGGCGAGUGGGGCACGGUCUGCGACGACGACUUCUCCAUCAACGCGGCGCACGUGGUGUGCAGGGAGCUGGGGUACCUCGACGCCGUGGCCUGGUCCCCGUCCGCCAAGUACGGUAGAGGAGAGGGUCGUAUUUGGCUGGACAACGUCCACUGCAGCGGGCGGGAGCGCUCGCUCGCGGAGUGCCCCUCCAACGGCCUCGGGGUGACGGACUGCCGCCACACGGAGGACGUCGGGGUGGUGUGCAACGCCAAGCGCAUCCCGGGCUUCAAGUUCAUCAGUGCCCUCAGCAACCAUGUGGAGAGUAUGGACCUGCAGGUUGAGGAGGUGCGAAUAAGGGCCAUCUACUCCCAGAGGAAGCGCGUGCCCAUCACCGAGGGCUUCGUGGAGGUGAAAGACGGGGGCAAGUGGAGGCAGCUCUGCGAUGCGGAGUGGACGGGCAUGAACGCCCGCGUGGUCUGUGGAAUGUACGGCUUCCCAGGAGAGAAGGGCUUCAACACCGGGCCCUACAAGCUGCUGUCUCGCCGGCGUAAGAUCACCUACUUUGGCUUUUCGGUGAACUGCACGGGGAACGAGGAGAACCUGUCCGGCUGCAAGAUGGGCCGCCCGGUGGCGAAGAAGGGGAACAGCACCUGCCCCGGCGGCAUGCCCGUGGUGGUGAGCUGCGUCCCCGGCAGAGCCUUCGCCCCCUCACACUCCCCCGGGUUCAACAAGGCCUACAGAGCUGAGCAACCCCUGGUGCGUUUGAAGGGCGGCGCCAACAUUGGCGAGGGUCGCGUGGAGGUCCUGAAGAACGGCCAGUGGGGCACCGUCUGCGACGACAACUGGAACCUGGUGGCGGCCUCCGUGGUGUGCCGGGAGCUGGGCUACGGCAGCGCCAAGGAAGCCCUCACCGGCGGCAGGCUGGGCCAAGGAAUGGGUCCGGUCCAUAUGAACGAGGUGCAGUGUGCCGGCUUCGAGAAGUCCCUCACCGAAUGCCGCUUCAACCAGGAGUCCGUGGACUGCAGUCACGAGGAGGACGCAGGCGUCAGGUGUAAUUUUCCGGCCAUGGGCUUUCAGAACCGGCUGCGUUUGAACGGCGGGCGUAAUCCGUUUGAGGGGCGCGUGGAGGUUCUUGCGGAGAGGAACGGCUCACUGGUGUGGGGGACAGUGUGCAGCGAGAACUGGGGCGUCGUGGAGGCCAUGGUGGUGUGUCGCCAGCUCGGGCUCGGAUUCGCCAGCCACGCCUUCCAGGAGACGUGGUACUGGGCGGGCGACGUGGCGGCGGACGGCGUGGUGAUGAGCGGGGUGCGGUGCUCGGGCACGGAGAUGUCCCUGGCCCAGUGUCUCCACCACGGCAAACACCUCAAGUGCCCCAAAGGAGGGGGGCGCUUCUCCGCAGGGGUGUCCUGCUCUGAGACUGCCCCAGACCUGGUUCUGAAUGCCCAGGUGGUGGAGCAGACCACGUACCUGGAGGACCGGCCCAUGUACGCGCUGCAGUGUGCCCACGAGGAGCACUGCCUGUCCAGCUCGGCCAACGCCGCCGACCAGAGCUCCAUCCGCCGCCUCCUGCGCUUCUCCUCCCAGAUCCACAACAACGGCCAGUCCGACUUCAGGCCCAAGAACGGACACCACUCCUGGGUGUGGCACGAGUGUCACAGGCACUACCACAGUAUGGAGGUGUUCACCCACUACGACCUGAUGAGUCUGAACGGCACCAAGGUGGCGGAGGGGCACAAGGCCAGCUUCUGCCUGGAGGACACACAGUGUGACGAGGGUAUUGACAAGAGGUACGUCUGCGCCAACUUCGGAGAGCAGGGCAUCACUGUUGGAUGCUGGGACACCUACAGGCACGACAUUGACUGCCAGUGGAUCGACGUCACCGAUAUCACACCAGGAGACUACAUCUUUCAGGUGGUCAUCAACCCCAACUAUGAGGUUGCCGAGUCGGACUACACCAACAACAUCAUGAAGUGCAAGUGUCGAUAUGACGGCUACCGCAUUUGGACAUACAACUGUCAUAUAGGUGGGUCUCUGAGCUCAGACAUAGAUGACAGCUUUCCUGGACUGAUGACCAACCAGCUGUCGUCCAGGUAGAGGAAAGGACUCGGACAAACCUGAAGAAAAAGAUUGGAGAGAACCUUCCGGCAGCGAGUCCCUUGAAAUGAAUGGUGAACCUUUUAGAAAUCAAGAACACUCCCAACCACUAGGGGGACUGCUCUGCAA